CAGCAGCCGCCAGGCUGGAAAAGGCUGAGAAGGUCCGUUUGUUGGCACAGUAAGAGUCUGUGUAACAGCAGAGCUUUAUGUGUGUUUGCUGUUUGGGGCAGCACUCGCCUCUGAAGCCGAAUCAAGGCCUCCACUGACUUUAAGUGGGGGAUGUCUCCUAAUCAGUGAUAUUACAUUUCUUGUUUUUGUUUUUUUUUUGAAGCAAAACAAAACAUUUUAAAAUGACUGUUUUUUUGAAUUAAUCCAAUUUUUUAAUUUGUACAGGUUUUUUGGGUCUCAUUUUUGCUACCCAGAGCAACGCAUCACGCUAACGUCUUGAUGCGGCUGCCAUCGGAAACGGAGGAAGAACCGCUGAGGAGAGAAUGGCAGCGCUGGCCCCUUUUCACUCUGACUGAGUCGACUUCCUGUACAGCCGCACUGUCGCUCAGCGCCGGCAACAACAUGGCUAUACGCAAGAGAGACAGCUUCCUGUGGGGCAAAGUUCCUCUGAGCUUCACUGCGGCCGAGAUGAGGCACGACGGUGAAGGCGUCCACGCCGAGCUGCUGGAUGAUGCUCAGAAGCUGCGGCCGGCGGCGAAUCGCCGCGUGUCCGAAAUCCACAGCCCUGAGGCGAAGGAGCAGAAUAAAAAUGUGGUGAGGAACAGAAAAUUCUUACGCGGGAAAAAGAAAUUUAACAUGGAUCCCAAAAAGGGGGUGCAUUACCUGGUGGAGAACAACCUGCUGGAGUGGCAAGCGGCGUCUGUGGCCGAGUUCCUUUACAAAGAGGAAGGACUGAACAAGACGGCCAUCGGCAACUUCUUAGGGGAGAGGGAGGAAAUGCAUCUAGACACACUAAAAGCAUUUGUGGCCCUACACGAAUUCUCAGAUCUGAAUCUGGUGCAGGCGCUGAGGCAGUUUCUGUGGAGUUUUCGUCUCCCGGGAGAAGCUCAGAAGAUUGACAGGAUGAUGGAGGCAUUCGCAACUCGCUACUGUGACUGUAAUCCUGGGGUCUUCCAGUCAACAGACACCUGCUACAUCCUGUCAUUUGCCAUCAUCAUGCUCAACACGAGUCUCCACAACCCGAAUGUGAAAGACAAACCCAGCCUGCAGCGAUUCAUUUCCAUGAACAGAGGAAUUAACAACGGCGAGGACCUGCCCACUGAGCUGCUCACGAAACUGUAUGCGAGCAUCCGCAGUGAGCCAUUUAAAAUCCCAGAGGAUGACGGGAACGACCUCACGCUGACGUUUUUUAACCCAGACAGAGAGGGCUGGCUCCUCAAAAUGGGUGGUCGGAUUAAAACCUGGAAGAGGAGGUGGUUUAUUCUGACAGACAGCUGCCUGUACUACUUUGAAUACACAACAGAUAAAGAUCCAAUUGGCAUUAUUCCCCUCGAGAACCUGUGUGUGAGGAAGCUCCAAGACACGGGCAAAUCGAAUUGUUUGGAGUUAUACAACCCGAAAGGACAAAAAAUCAAGGCCUGCAAGACGGAGAACAAAGGCAGAGUGGUGCAGGGCAAACACCAGUCCUACAGGCUGAACGCAGCCACCGCGGAGGAGCGGGACAACUGGAUAGAUGCCAUCAGGGCCAGCAUCACUAAGGACCCUUUCUAUGACUUGGUAACACAGCGUAAGAGAAAAGUCAUAAGCAACAACUCCUCACUUGACUGAAACAAGGGACACGAGUGGAAGCACAAGGAUUUGGUUUCCAGACGCUUUAUGAGGAAUCAUCCCGAAACUUUUAUAAAGAUGACUGAUAACAAAACAGAAACUAAUUCACUCAGCGUUUCACCAAGAUAAACAAAGAAGAAGUGAUACUUUUUAAAGUGCUAAAAUAUUAUAAUCUUUCAGCCCUUGCUUUAUUUCUGGAAACUACAUGCACUACUGCUCUGGUCUGGUAACUCCCACUGACACCCAUCUGCUAUGGAGGCAGGGCCAAUCAACCAUUUUCAGAUUAUCUAUUCAUUUUUUCAACUCAUCUUUUAUUAGCCCAACUGGAUUUUGUCUACCUUGCUGAAUGCAUAGCUCCAUGCUCCCUGUUGUUGUAGGAUGUGUCCACUUGGGGCCACUAACAUGUGGUUCCUGGAGAACGUUUCACUGAGGAUUGUCAUGGCUACAAGUUAUUUUGAAUAUUGUUUCUUUUAGCAUUAACCUUUUCACACGAGCUGGUCAACCCACCUGCUCUGUCACUCUGUCUGCAGGGUCUAAAAAAUCUAAACAGUUCAAAUCUUGAUGCAUGGAUCAGUAAAAGAUGUAGCACUUUGUGUUUUUAAUUACGAAAUAAUUAAAAGUACCUGUACAAUUUUUAAAUAGCUUGAAGUUUGAUUAUGCUCAUUAAAUGAUGUACAUUUAUUUUUUGUAUUAAUCUGAAGUAAACAGAUUUAAAUUAACUUAUUAUUAACAUAUUUUCUUAUGUGUAGUCCUUUUUAAUUUCUGUAUAAAGAUGCAUGACUGUCAAACUAUUGCUGUAUAAAGUAUAAAGUUUUUAAUGCUG